AUGUCGGCAAGUUCCAGCUCAGAUUCAAAGAGAUUCAAAUUAGUAUGUUCAUGUGGAGACGAACCAGUAAAUGACCUGGAGGAGCAAUUAAAAUGCAAAGAAGUUACUGCAGUAGCAAUGGCUGAGAGGCUGAAAAUGAAGGAAGAUGAACUAUUGUAUCUUAAAUCCAAAGUAAAUGACUUGGAGAAGCAAGUACAAGUCUUGUCCAAGCGAAACAUCUUCAGAAACCGUAUUGUGUGUGUGUCAGUUGUGUUAUUUGUUGUUUUGCUUUUUUCCUUGGGUAAAGGGGAAAAUGUUACUUUAUUUCACUUCACAACCAUCUUAUAA